GCAGAUGCCGUGGAGUUCUGCACGGCGCCCGGGGAAGAGAACACUCUGAUAGCAGGGACGUAUCAGCUGGCAGAAGGGCAUGAAGGGAGAGAUACGCGUCAUGGCCGCCUCUACACGCUCACAGUCGAUGAGCAGGACGAGGAUGCAGGCGGAGCAGAAGGUCAGACCCCCUCCGUCCGCUCCCUCCACGCGCUGGAUGCCCCUGGUGUGUUCGACAUCAAGUGGAGUGGAUACUCUGCAAGCAUGCGGAGCGUGCUGGGGCAGGCAGGGGCGGAUGGGUGUCUCCAUGUGUAUGCUCUAGGAGAGGAGGAGGGAGGAGGGAGAGGCUUGCGGCUGGAGUCGUCCUUUCGCUGCAGCAACACCCCAGGGUCCCUCGCACUGUCUCUGGACUGGAACGAUCGCUGCAGUGCGGAGAGGAGGAGGAGGUGUGCGGCUGUGAGCAUGUCGGAGGGAAAGGUCUGUCUGGUGCAGAUGAGGAGCGAUGGGACCCUCUGCUCUGCGGGGGAGGUGGAGGGGCACGAGCUGGAGUGCUGGAUAGCGUCGUGGGACUGCCAUGCUGAGGAUGUCAUGUACAGUGGGGCAGACGACGGGUUGCUGAAGUGUUGGGACCUGAGAGGAGGAGGAAGUACCCUGUUGCAUGCGGACAGGAGGAGCUUUCAAGCAGGGGUACCGCAAGCUUGGCAGGUGACUUGCAUUCAGAGCCACGCGGCCCUGCAGCACUGCCUGGCGGUGGGAAGUUACGACGAGACGGUCAAGAUCUACGACACGAGGAACAUGCGAUCACCUGUUGCUGAAGUGAGGAGGGAGGGAGGGAGGGAGGGAGGGAGGGAGGGAGGGAGGGAGGGAGAGGGGAGGGGGAGGGGAGGGGAGAUGAGAUAA